GACAAAAAUGGCAACGGCUUUGGGGAGAACUACUUACUACAUGUUGCCAUAGACCAAUCAUUUCAUCAUUUGCUACGCUCCGACCUCUUGUAUGAUCUGCAUCAUGAUGCGUCUCUCCUGAACCUCCAUUCGACAACACACAAUCAAAGUGACGUUGAUAAUGCGGUAUCCUUUCGGUUAUGGAUAGGUGACGGUCCGCAUUGCGGCAAGUCCUCGGACGGCAGUCUCGGAUGGGUAGAAUCUUUUCCUUCCGCAUCUCCUAUAAAUUGGCGACUACGGAUAUAUCGGAAGCCCUCUUCUUCAUUACGCUCUUGGUUGCGGUGCUGGCCAGCGCAAUCAUAGUAUUUAGAUCGUCUAUAAGACACAGCGGGCAGGAUCUCCCGAUCAGUAGCGAUCUUAUCAGACUUCUGGAGUUCGUCGACCCUUCCGCUGCGCCUCCAGCCAAGGAAGAGAAAACCGACAUUCCUGGUCUUGUUCCGAUACCCUUUUCUAAAGCCGCUCUCAGUGCACCUGUAGAACAGCAACGCACGAAGUUUGCAGAGCGGGCCAAAAAAUUCUUGAAGGACGGGGACUUCUACAGCACUUUGCAACACUGUGAUAAAGCCUUGUCAUCGAAGUACACCAAACCAACAUCGCCGAAAUCGCCCACGGCAAAAUGUCAUUUCAUGCGAGCCAAGGCCUUGCUCAGAUUGGGGCAGUUCGCUGAGGCGCAAACCGCAUUCAAUGACUUCGAGCGCAUUCAAGUUUACCUUGAAGAAGCGUUGGACAGGAGUGAGGAGAAAAUGAAAGCAGACAUAAAUAGCCGGGUGCCUUCUGCGAAGUCACCUCGGAAGAACACUGAAAGGUUGUUCAAGGCUGUCAUGGCUCGUGGCGUGAUUGUCCCCCAACGCGAUAUUGCCAAGUUCACCGCAGUGAGCUUCGAUUCGAAAGUCCUCGCUGGGGAGGCUCCUCGGUUGAAAUACACCAUAUGGGCCGAAACUCCUUUCUUCACCAAACCGGACUCGGAAGAGAAGCAUAAAGUUGAAGUUGUGUAUCGCGAAAAUCUCACUGUGGAGGGUGGCAUCGGGAAGAUGUUUAGGAGGUUCGGCAUCAAAGCAACCGACCUCGAUGAUAGGGCCAUGCGGUUGUAUAUGUUCGAAGCUCUCGCACACGAGGAUGCAAGAACAUCUACAGUAGUGAUCCGAACACAUCGGGGGCGACUCCUUGCAAUCCCGCACACCACACAGAUGAAGGACAUUGUUGCUGGAGCACGUUGGCCCCGUGAAGGGCCUAUGCCUUUCAGGGAUUUAACCCGGACUCCGAGACGUAACCCGUAUGAGGUUGAUGGAGUUGAAGUCGUUUUUGGACGAGCCAUCGUACUCAAUAUUGUGACGAAAGACAGACUUCGAGAAUACAUCAUGUCGCAUAGUUAGUCAUGGACUCCUACCAAGUGUGGGCAUCUUCCAGUAGUUUUAGUUAUUCUGUUGAAGCUGUUUUUUUCCUAUCUGGUACAGUGAGCAGUAUUGGUGUAAACUGCGCGGGCCUGUACUUUUACCUUUACGUACUUCUUGUGUCACAUUAGGGCAAUAGUCCACCUUCAGUGUCAUCUUCGUGAAAACAGUCUCUCCAAUGUUCAUCCUUAUCCUUUCCAGAGUAGAUG